CAAUAGAAUUACAAUAGAAUUCUAUUAUAAGAGCUGUUUAUCUAGAAUGAAUUAAACUUACUCAGAAUUAUUCCAGAAGCUUUUAAUUGUCACACUGCAUUAAAGCAAUACUUACAUUAUUUAACAUUUGGUGACUGAUGAAUGUGUUGUGGAUCGGAACAUUGUGGCCUGUUUGGGCCAAACUGUAACUGUGGUCUCAGAAUGUCUCAGAAAUGUCGUAGAUGGAGCUUUCUCCUUUCAUCUACUGUGAAUGCCUUAACUUUAGUCAGUCUUACAAUUGCUCAACUAUUAAAUUCAUAUAACAGUGAACACGUAACAUUUAAAUUUGAUGUCAUUAUUUUAUUUAUAGGAGUUAUAGCAUGUUGGUUAGCUUAUCAUGGGAUCGUAUAUGAAUAUCAAUAUGAAAUGUACUUGCACUUCCUCUCAAUGACAUUGGCAAUAUCUUACUGUUGGAUUGAAUAUUUUUUCAAUCCUACUCUUGAUUUAACAAUUAAGCAGUUCAGAAACAUCAUACCAUCAUGUUUGAUCAUUCCAAGUUUUUUAUUUUGUUUAUGUGUAACAUGCAGUGAAUAUUGGUCAGAAUUUUAUAUAGUUGGAACAUCAGAAGAAUUUUUAAAUAUGCAUAAGAGACGUAGAUUUUUGCUGUGUUUUUUGAAAUUUGAUUUUUUGUUAGUUGUAAGUAUUUAUUAUUAGAGAGGUUGAGGCGCACGUUUUAAACGUGUAAACGUGUAUGUGUGACGUUCGGCG